CGCCGCGGCAGCGUUUUAGUUGAUUUUUUAAUACGUACAGCCGUAGAUUAAAUACGCGACCCGUCGCCACCGACACCAUAAAUCCCGCGCUGCCGCCGCACAGACGACCGCGGACACCGACCGUCGACGCCGCCGUCAUUGAACUAGCCCGCACAGUCGCCACCUGAAGCCAGGGGUGCGUCUCGUUCGAGUAAUUUACACAGUCGUCCUGUCGUGUGCACAACGAUUUUUCGUACGGACUGUGGAGGGCGUGAGUGCGACCGCCGUCGAAACAGAAUAACCCUAUAAUAAUACAAUAUACCGACUGCAUAAUUAUUAUUAUAUAGUAUUAUAUAGUGUUUGGGGGGGGUUGCCGCGCGCGCGUUUCAGUGUGAGCUCUUGUGUGUUACUUUCGAUUUUUACACGCGUCGACGACGAGACAUAAGACGCGUGCGUUUUGGAGAAACCCGUUCCACGUGCGUGUGUGUGUGUUCGUGUAUUAACGACAAGUGCGCGUGUGUCUGUGCGCAUAGUGCAGUUUGAAACAUAUACCUACCUUUACCUAAUAUCAAGUAUUCGCGUUUCUACCUCCGCCGUCGAGUGUUCCGUGUGAUGUGGUGAAUGUUCGCGCGCAAAAGAUGGCAGCAACGAUCGCAUCAACUGAAACGGAACAGAUCAAGCAAGAGAUCGCGUCCGUCGUCGAAGAACAGCAGCAACAGACUCCUGCAGCGACUACUCCGUCGACAGUUGACCAAGACUUUACCGAAGAGAUCGUAGCGCCACUGCCYUCGUCCAAGACGUCCGUAGUAACCGCCCCGUUGCCGAUCGUCGGCAAGGCAUUCGACUUAAAGCGCGCUAGCGUAUCGUCCGUGGACAGUGACAUAUCGUUGUCUUACGACGCGGCACCAUUUUACCCGCGUUCACUGAGCCAAACAGGUGGUAUGUCAUCGGCCAACAACUCUAGCGGGUCCGGCACCGAUGACGGUGGCCGGCACCAUUCGGUCGUUUCUGCUACCGCCAUCAACAACACGGACUCUUCCGAUUCGGCGUACGAAGGCGGUCAGCUCAAGUCCGGCGACGAGUCCACGCCGUUCGUAGCGCCAGACGAAGAGACCACCAAGCGUAUACUUGACCAGGUGGAAUUUUACUUUUCGGACGCGAACAUCGUAAAAGACGCGUUUUUGCUGAAGCAUGUCCGCCGCAACAAAGAAGGAUACGUGUCGCUGAAGCUCAUCUCAUCGUUCAAGCGGGUCAAGCACCUGGCCAAGGACUGGAGAGCUGUCGCGUACGCCAUUACCAGGUCGGAAAAGCUUGAGGUAAACGAGUCCGGGACGAAGCUGCGGCGCAAGGAGCCGCUGCCCGCGUACGACCAGACUACUCCAUCCCGGACCGUCGUGGCCAUUAACCUGCCCGAAGAGAAACCGGUGACCAUCGAGUCGGUGGCUGAAUUAUUCCGUGGCUGUGGCGAGAUCGCGCUGAUCCGCGUGCUCCGGCCCGGCAAUCCCAUACCGUCCGAUGUCCGUCAUUUCGUUAACAAGCACCCGGAGAUGGGCAGCAACGUGAGCGCGCUGAUCGAAUUCGUGCGCACUGAAUCGGCGCACAACGCGAUGAGCAAAGAUUGGUCUGCGGAAAAGGCCAAGGACGGGCAGUCCAUGUGCGUGCUCGAGCUCAACGCUCCCGCGUCCAAGAAGAAGGCCACCGCGGCCGCCAAAAAGUCGCCGAUGAACCGACUGUUCGACUCGGAGUACUCGUCGUCGUGCCAGAGCGGUUCGGAGGCGGAGGACAGGCAAAAGAUGCGCAUGCAGCGAAAGGUGUCGGCCAACACGCUCAUGCGGUCCGACUCGUCUUGGAACCAGCGCAGGUGGUCCAGGGACUCGGGCACCGACAGCUCCGCUUCUGGGUACUCCCGACGCGAUUCGUACGUACCGCCGCCGCAGCAUCACAUGCAGCAACCUGGCGACUACGGUCACAACAGGCGCAUGUCGACCGGCUGGGACUCGAGCUCGGAAAGCUAUUAUUCGGGCCGAUCGCGCUCCAGCAGCGGCGUGUCUAUACCGGAAACAUUCGGAAUGCGUCGCUUUUCAUUGGCCAACCGCGGCCCCGAACAGCAGCAGCAGCCGUGCUGUUGUUGCGGCCACAACCAGCCGCCUCAGCCACAGCCACAGCAACAGCCCGUGGCCAUGCGCAGGCACUCGACACAGGACAACGGACACCACUACGACAUGAGGCGGUGCAGCAGUAGCAGCAGCAGCAGUGGCGAUAUGAUGAUGCGCAAGGACUCGACAUCGGACUUCUGUUGCGGCAGUCAACCAAGGGACGGAUUCCACAACUGGUCGCGCAAGAGCAGCUCUUCGUCGAUGGGCGAGGGCGGCAUGGGCCGGCGUCUGUCCGUCGACUCCGAUUCAUCGGGUGGCAGGGGGCGCCGUCCCAGUUUGGGCCUUGUGACGCCGGACAACGUGGUCAGGAUGCCCAAGGGCCCAGACGGUUGUGGCAGCCGUGGUUUCCAGAGGGAGCCGUUGUUGGACUCCACGCUUUACGAAUGAACAGCUGAUCGACGACGAAACGAUGAUAGAUAUAAUUAAGAAUAAUAUUAUAUUACGAUUAAUAUUAAUUAUUAUUAUUAAUGUAUACGGUAACGACGUGGAUUUGAGAGGCGCGAAGAAAAAAAAUUUACAAAAAAAAAAAAAAUUAUAUCGAUCUAUAUAA